AUGAGCGGGCUCUUCGAGUCGUUCCUGGCCGCGAUCCAGGCCAGCCUCUCGGUGCUGUUCGUCAUCUUCUACGGCGGUAUCGCGGCAUGGCUCGGGCUGCUGGACCACAGCAGCACCAAGGCCAUCUCUAAGAUCUGCGUGCGCAUGUUUCUGCCCGCCCUGCUCAUCACCAAGAUCGGGUCCGAGCUGCACGCCGGCUCCGCCACCCGCUACCUCAUCAUCUUCGCCUGGGCCAUCGUCUGCCAUCUCAUCUCCUUCCUGCUCGGCAUCUUCGCCCACUUCGGCCUCGGCAUGCCCGACUGGGUCACCGUGGCGCUGAUGUUCAACAACACCACCAGCUACCCCCUGCUGCUCAUCACGGCCCUCGACGAUACGGGCAUCCUCAAGUCGCUGAUCGUGACUGACGAGACCUCGAGGGAGGCAAUCGAGCGCGCAAAGUCAUACUUCCUCGUCUUUGCCACCGUGUCGAGCUGUCUGACCUUUGCCGUCGGCCCGCGCCUGAUCGACUCUGAACACGCCCCCGAGCCCGAAGCCGACAAGGAGGACGAUCCUGUCGACAACGGUCGAGAUCAAACUGAAGCCGGCGAAGAGACGGGGCUGCUCAAUCCCCGCUCGUCGGCCGUGCAGUUCUUGGACCCGUUCGGAUCAACCUCCUUUUUCCCCUCGAACCGCCGCCCCUCGGUGGCCCCGAGAUCAAAGCCGCCGGCCGACCGAAGAGCGUCGAUUGUGCCCCGGAGCAGAUGGAGCAGGCUCAGCCCCCGGACCAAGUGGUGGCUGCUGUUUAUCUCCGACUUCUUCAACGCCCCCCUGCUCGGGGCAGUCAUUGGCGCCGUCAUCGGGCUGGUUCCUCCCCUCCACCACGCCUUCUUCAGCGCUUCCGAAGACGGCGGCAUCUUUACCGCGUGGCUGACAGCCUCUUUGAAGAACAUUGGCGGCCUCUUUGUGCCGCUUCCCGUAGUGGUCGCCGGCGUGUCGCUUUACACGUCCAUGAAGAGCCUUGAGCAGGACGGCGGGAGCAGCGCCGCAAAACUGCCGUGGCUGACCGUCACCUUCAUUCUUGUCGUGCGAUUCGUUCUCUGGCCCAUUGCCUCCAUCGGCUUCAUCUACCUUAUCGCUUCGCGCACCGAGCUUCUCUCGACGGAUCCCAUGCUGUGGUUCACCAUGAUGCUCAUGCCCACGGGGCCUCCAGCCAUGAAGCUGAUCACUUUGAUCCAAGUCAGCGACGGCGAGCCGGAUGAUGAAGUGAACAUUUCAAAGCUACUUACAAUUUCGUACAUCAUGUCGCCGAUUCUUUCCUUUACAGUUGUGGGCAGUCUCUUGGCUAGCGAAGCGGGCAUCAGAUGA